UGGUAAAGAGCGUUGUUCACUCUGCAACAAACCGAACAACAAUGGCUUCCAAUUCGAAAUCGGAGACUUUUCUGCAACGAUAUGGUUACGAUUUGCUGUUGGCAUCAGUAGCUGCUUUAUACGUUCUCACCGUUCCUUACACAAAGGUCGAGGAGAGUUUCAAUGUUCAGGCAAUGCACGAUAUUCUCUAUCACCGGACUAAACUCGACAAUUAUGAUCAUCUGGAAUUCCCUGGGGUGGUUCCUCGCACUUUCCUUGGUGCUUUGCUUGUGUCAGUCGUUGCAGCUCCUUUUGUGUUGACUGCAAGUUUGCUGCAUUUGCCAAAGUUUUAUGCUCUUGUCAUUGUUCGAAUGGCUCUAGGGUGCAUAAUACUAUACACACUAAGAUUCUUCCGACGUCAGAUAAGGAAUACAUUUGGGCAUCAAGUAGAAGCCUUCUUUGUAAUAUUAACUGCCAUUCAGUUUCAUUUUCUGUUCUACUGUACCCGUCCACUUCCUAACAUUCUUGCACUGGGCCUAGUGAAUUUGGCAUAUGGAUAUUGGUUUGAAGGACGUGUUUAUGCUGCUCUAAACUCUCUGAUCUUUGCUACAACGGUAUUCAGAUGUGACAUGCUGUUACUUCUUUGUUCCAUUGGGCUGCAACUCCUUUUGACAAAAAAAAUUUCAGUAUGGGGUGCUCUGAAACACUGCACUGGGAUGGCCCUCUUCUGCAUAGGUCUCACCAUAUUAGUUGAUUCAAUUAUGUGGAAACGAUUAUUGUGGCCUGAAUUUGAAGUCUUUUGGUUUAACUCUGUACUAAACAAAAGCUCUGAAUGGGGGACAAAUGCUUUCCAUUGGUACUUCACUUCAGCACUUCCUCGUUCACUACUUGCCGCAUAUCCACUUUCACUAUUUGGCCUUUUUUUAGACAGAAGGGUCCGAUCUUUCACUUUUCCAGUUCUUGCCUUCAUUUUUCUUUAUUCUAAGCUUCCUCACAAGGAGCUUCGUUUUAUCAUUAGUUCAGUUCCAAUAUUUAAUGUCUCCGCUUCAAUUGCUUCUAACAGAAUUUACAACAAUAGGAAGAAGAUGAUUUGGAACUUGCUUUUCCUCACUUUGUUGGCAUUACUUUUAGUGAGUCUUGCAGGCACCAUCACAAGUUUCAUGGCAUCAUACUGGAACUAUCCUAGUGGGUAUGCCUUAAAAGAAUUGCAUGGAAUUGGUUUUCAUGAUGACACAGAUGAACAGUGGGUGCACAUUGAUACAUUUUCAGCAAUGAAUGGGAUAUCUCGCUUUUGUGAAAGUGAUUUACCAUGGAGGUAUUCUAAAGAAGAACAAAUUAGUUUGGAAGAAUUUCAACAGAGAAAUUUUACUUUCCUUAUUAAUGAACAUCCUGUGAUCAAUGGAUUCAAGUGCCUAUUUACUGAAGAUGGGUUCUCAAGAGUCCGCUUGAAAUCUGGUUUUCCACCAAUUUCACUGGUAAAAGAGCCUAAAGUUUAUGUCCAUGGAAGUUUACGAAACCAGCAUAUUGUCAGCCAAAAUUGGUCUGGCUGCUCAUAAUGAUUUGUCUGGUAGCAUAGUCUGUUUGAGAUCGUCAGGUAUGAAGGGUGUGGUAUCCUUUUUGACCUUUUUUUUCUCAGUUACCUAUGAGGAAAUGGGGAGAAAGUUUGACUAAAGUUGGUAUUGUGACCCCUUCUAACAGUUGUGUUUUCAGCACUAAUGAGAAUGUACAUACGGGUAUAAUAUUUUUCUUGUAGCAUUUCAAACAUGGAUUCCUCUGAGGUAGCUAUAUCUGAUUUUUCAAUUACAGUAGAUUCAUACUGGUACAAUACAACACUCUGAUAUGGGAUUACUUGAAAACUUUUUUGGCUUAAGUUAAUGCAGCUAAAUAUUAA